AUGAAUCUCGGUCAGCUCAACGAUGCCCAGAGAGGUCUUUUUAAAACAGAUUGCACAAUUACGUGUAUUUUCUCUCUCGUUCACCAACAGUUUCGCGAGGCGGUCAAAGACUGCAAAUUACCCGACUCGGACGACACCUACCUUCUGAGAUGGCUCAUUGUCGGAAAAAUGCUCCGUGAUGCGAUGGAAUGGCGCCAUCAGCAUAAAAUCAAUACGCUGCUGGACGACUUCACUCCUCCGGAGGUGUUGGCCAAGUAUUUCUCAGCUGGAUACACUGGCGUAGACAAGCUGAAUAGCAGCUUGUUGAUCACUCGAUUCGGAGCAAUGGACCUGAAGGGCAUGUUGCUAUCAGCCAAAAAGAGAGAUUAUCUAAUGACCGUGGUGGAAGUGGUGGAGAGAGGCAUCAGGGCAGCUCAGAAUAACCCAACCAAAUUCAAGCGAUCCCCCGAUUCCAUCUUCCAGAUGACCGUCAUUUUCGACAUGGCCGGAUUCUCAAUGCGUCACAUUACGUUCAAGCCAGUAGCCGUGGAGACUACCCUUCAGUUGCUCCAGAUAUCCGAGUCGAAAUACCCGGAACUACUCCGCUGCGUAUUUGUCAUCAACGCUCCAAAGAUUUUUGCCAUCCUCUACUCGAUGAUGAAACCUUUCAUGCACGAGAAGACCAAAAACAAGGUUCAAAUCUACAGUCACGAUUCGUCCAUAUGGAAAGCCGCUCUUUGGCGGAAAUCGAUCCCGACCAGUUACCCGUUUGCUACGGGGGAACCAUGA